AAACAUCUGAGUGCAUGGACGUCUGAGUGAGUAAUGACAACAAUAAAAAGAGAAGGUAUUGUGUUUUUAUAAUAGUUGUUGUUUAUUGUGAUCUAAUUAGUUAAAAAUAUUUAAAAUUCGUUCUGGAUUUUGUUUUACAUUAAGCAGCUGUUAAAAAAUAAUGUCUAACGAAGACUUACAGAGAGAACUAGAAUGUCCAAUAUGUUUUGACUAUUUACAAAUUCCGAUACGGAUGUGUAUAACAGGUCACAGCAUAUGUGAUACGUGUAGAAACAAGUUAAUCGUUUGUCCUAUAUGCGAAUCUGGGUUUUCUAAUGGAUCUAAUAUCUCCCUCGAAAGCAUAAUUCCUUUACUUAAGUUUCCUUGUAAAUUUCGUGAUAGAGGAUGUCAGAAUCUUUUGUUACAUUCUGAUAGAUUAGCACACGAAACAGAUUGUUCAUACAAAGGAAUAAGCUGUCCUGGAUGUUCAUUUAACGGCUCAAUUACUGAUAUGGAAAAGCACUGUCGUGGCACACAUUCUGUUCAAAAUUUAGAAGAAUAUAACUGUUCCAUGUUCUUUUUCGAAAUUCUCGUGGGAUCUUCAGUAAAUGGUAUUGUUCAAAAAGAUGGCAAAUACUUUUGGUUAAAAGCUUUAAAAAGUCCUGAAAAUAAUAUACUUUUUUCUGUCGAGAUGGUUGGUACCAAAGAGGAAGCUUCAAACUAUAGAUAUAAACUAAUAUUUAAUAAGGAAAUACAAAAAAUGUGUUUUGAGGAUACUUGCAAACCUUUAGGCUUUACUAAUAAACAGUUACUUUCACCGAUUAAAAGUUUCAAUUUGAGUGUUAGUGAUGUCGAGAGUUUUCUAGGGAACGAUUGGAAUAUUAGUAUAACUGUAGAAAAUAUUAAAUUAAAUCAUAAAAAAAUUAGUAUUAAAUUAUGUUUAUAUUUAUUAUUUUCAAUUUUGCUUGUAAUAGUACUAUAUUAUAUUAUUUUUCUACAAAAUUGGUUUUCUGAGAACUCAAAAAAAUCAAUUAAAUAUAAACAUAAACCGAAGAAUGAAAGUUAUAAUUAUUUAGUAACGUAUUUUAAUGAUUUUUUAUCAUCAUUUUGGUCGAUUCUCGUUAUGACUAUUAUACUGUACCUUAUUGAAUAUUUGAUAAAAUUUUUUAAAAAGUUUAUUUAUUAUACCUAUAUUAUUUUAUAUUAUAUUAUAAUUUUAAUUAUUGCACUUUUCAAAUUCAUAAUUACGAAUCUGCGGUGAUGUGAACAUCACCGAUGCGCCAAUGCAAACUUAUUUAUAUAUUAAUGACAGUAAAAAAUGAGAUAAAAAAUAAGACAUGAAUUUUUACUCUAUGUCAAUUCAUCAAUGUGAUCGUCUUUACGUUUUGGUAAGUGUUUAUUUAUUUUACAAUAACUUUUUGUUAUUAAUCUUGUAUAUUUUGGAAUCUUGACAAAUGCUUGCCGAAACGUUGAUUUGCACAAUAAAAUUUAGUUCGAAAUGU